AUGUCCUUAUCGCGAAGCCCCUCCCCCAUCCCGGGCGGAGGAUGGUCGAGUCCGGGCCUCAACAUGAACAGCGGCCGCUCCAGCCCAGCCCACAUCCCUCCAAGCGCAGGAAGCAACGCCGGCGCCUCCGGCCCCUGGGGCUCGGCCAGUCGGAUGAGGAGCAACCAUAACCUCAAUGGCUACCCGUCCUUCUCGACCCAGAACUCGGGAUUCUUUGUCCGAAACAUGCGUCGCAUAACCAGCAGCCUACCGCGAUUUUACCCGUCAGACAACAGCAACAAUGCAUACGGCUACAAGGACAAGGCCGCACGGGGAGGAGGCUGGGCGCCCAGAAAUGCGUCGUUUGGCGAGCGCAUCUCGUCCAUCUUUGGCAGGAUGGGGAGGAAACGCUCAUCGUGGGGUGGCGGCGGAGAGAAGUUUGUCAUCAUCCUCGGAGCCAACCUGGGCGGUGGCGUCAUGGAGUGGAAGGGUGCGCGUGAGUGGGCGGUAGAGCGAGAUAGCGUGCGCAACAAGCGCAAGUAUUCGAACCGAUGGGGCUACAACCUGGAGAUUGUCGACAUGAGUAUCAAGAAGCGGUAUGCGCACGAGUGGCGCGAGAGUUGGGAAAAGGUUGACUUUAUGAGGUCUGCCAUGCGGAAAUAUCCCGACGCUGAGUGGUUCUGGUGGCUCGAUCUCAACACAUACAUCAUGGAGCUGUCGUACCCUCUGCAGGAGCACAUCUUCACCGACCUGGAGGACAAGGUGUACCGCGACAUCAACGAGUGGAACCCUCUGAACAUCACGCACCCGCCGACGGAACCGUACCUGGACGCCGAGGCGCUGUCGGCGGUGGGCGACGGCAAGGCCAACUCGCUCAACCUCCUCCUGUCGCAGGACUGCGCGGGCUUCAACCUGGGGUCGUUCAUGAUGCGGCGGAGCGCGUGGACGGAGCGGCUGCUGGACAUGUGGUGGGACCCGGUCAUGUACGAGCAGAAGCACAUGGACUGGGACCACAAGGAGCAGGACGCGCUGGAAGAGAUGUACGAAUCGCACCCGUGGGUGCGGCAGCACACCGGCUUCCUCCCGCAGAGGACCAUCAACUCGUUCCCGCCGGGGGCCUGCGUGGAGCUCGACGAUGCGGGCGUCCAGCAGAACAACAGCCGGUUCCACUACAACGAAGACGACCACGACUUCCUCGUCAACAUGGCCGGGUGCGAAUGGGGAAGGGACUGCUGGGGCGAAAUGUACCACUACCGCGAGUUUGGGUACUGGCUGAACAGGAACCCGUGGGAGAGGUUCAAGGAGGACUUUGUCGCGGUGAUCUGGCAUAAACUCACCGGUCAAUGGGUGAAGCUGUAG